GUUUGGUAUGGCACUGGUUGACUUUGCCUAGGACACCACGCAAUGCAAAACUUUUUUUUGUUUUUGUUUCACCUUAUUUCUAAACAGACCCUUUCCGUGAGCAAAGUAUCCAGAGGAGCCGAACCUGUUACCAUGCGUACCAUCCAGACCGUAGAGAACCAGGUUCCCAUGCUGAGGGAGAACAUCGUUAGAGCAGCCUUCACCAGGAGAACAAUGGCUGUAUCCAGUCUGAAUAGGAACAACCACUGUCCCCGUCACAGGCCCUUUCACAGCCCGCAUCACAGCCACACUCCCUAUCACACCCCACGACAAACUCCCAGAAGAACCCCGUACUACAAUCCCCGCCACACCCCACGUCAAACGCCCCGCCUCAGUCCCGGCCGUACGCCCCGCCUCAGUCCCGGCCGUACGCCCCGCCUCAGUCCCGGCCGUACGCCCCGCCUCAGUCCCGGCCGUACGCCCCGCCUCAGUCCCGGCCGUACGCCCCGCCUCAGUCCCGGCCGUACGCCCCGCCUCAGUCCCGGCCGUACGCCCCGCCUCAGUCCCUGUCGAACUCCCUAUCAAACCCCCUACCUCACACCUUAUCAAACCCCCUACCACAGCUCUUAUCAAACCCCCUACCACAGCCACUUAACCCGUCAUAGCGACACUCCCGUCUACAGCCCCCUCGACCUGAAGCCCCAGCAAUACCCCAGUCAACUGCCUCAGCCCCACAACAACGGUCCCCUCUACAGCCCUUACUUCGACAUGAAGCCCCAGCAAUACCCCAGUCAACUGCCUCAGCCCCGCAACAACACUCCCCUCUACAGCCCCUACCUCGACAAGAUGCCCCAGCAAUACCCCAGUCAACUGCCUCAGCCCCGCAACAACACUCCCCUCUACAGCCCCUACCUCGACAAGAUGCCCCAGCAAUACCCCAGUCAACUGCCUCAGCCCUGUACCAACAGUCCCCUCUACAGCCUUCGUUUCAGCCUGGAGCCCCACCAGAGUCCGUCUCCCCCGGAGCCAUGCUCUUCCCUUCCCUGGCCGCGUGCACAGUGCAGGCAGCAGACGGGGAGCUCCACUGAGCAUGUCUGCAAAAAACCUGUUUUCACUGAGCCAAUCCCCGUGGUCCCCACGGGCUCCUCCCCCUCUUGCUUGUCCUCCAGAAACGUCAGGCUCUGCUCAUUGUGCUGGGGCCCAGAUGGAUGGGGAGAGAGGGAGAGAAAUCAGGCGCACCAGUGUGAUGGAGGAGGGGGAGCACAAGAGCAGAGGAGAGAGCAUGCGCAGGGACGAGAGAAAGAGCAGGCACAGGGAGGAGGGGGAGAAAGGAAGCAGGCACGGGGAGGAGUGGGAGGGAAGGCGCAGGCGUACGUCUCCUCAGCAUCGUUGCUCCUCUCGUCGUCGUCGUCACCGGAAAGCAGCAGCAUCGACCCACCAUCCCCAGACACAGCCUCGCAGAAACCACGGAGACGGCUCAGCGGCAGAGAAAACCGCAGCGCUCACGGAAGGUGGCAUGGCUUUAGUCUCAGCGCCCGGGUCAAAGAGAAGUGGAGGCUGAGAUCCGUCGCCAUGGGAAACCAGGAGGGGAAGCAGAAGAAGGGGAAGGAGGGGGAAGGAUGCGGACAGAGCGCGGCGGACGAUCCGAUCGGCGGGCCCCGCGAAACGGACGGCACGAUGAGAGGUCUUCACAACGGCAAGAAAUCCCAGGGAAAACCGUGCCGAGCGGAGGAGAAGAUGAAGCGGAAGAAGGAGAAGGAGUCCCGGUCCUCCAUGUUCUCCAUCCGGAAGAGGAAGACCCUGAAGGGGAAGGGCUCGACCGGAGGCUCCAGGGAGGAUGUCCUGUCCUCCCAGAAUGAGCUGGACUCGGCUCACUCCAUCAGCACCAAAACGCCAGACCUGUCUCUGUCGGCGGACGAGCUGGGCCAGUCGGACACAGAGGGGCCGCCGGAGCAUGCCGGCCGCGGUAGUCGCGGCGUCAUGACAGCGAGCGAGCCGCCCGCAGCGAGGACUCGAGCUGACCCGGACAAGCGGGAAGAGGAGGACGGACAAAGGAAGAAGAGCAGCUCCGGAUCGGACACGGAUAUCUAUAGCUUUCAUUCGGCUGCGGAGCAAGAGGAUCUGCUCGCUGACAUCCAGCAGGCAAUUAGACUACAGCGGGGGGUGAUUAUCUCCACCGCUGAGCUGAGUGAGGAGCUGGGUUGGGGUGAGGGGUGGAGGAAACCAAGCCCCGACGAGGCUAGAGCUACGCCCAGCCCCCCUGAACAGAGCCCUCCCGAGCCUCAAACUGCCCCGGAGGCGGCCCCUGUCACUCGCCGGGAGAACGGCCUGCUUUCCAAACUGCGCCUGUCCCUGGAUGGGCCGCAGGAGGAGGAGGAGGCAGAGGAGGAGGUGGAGACAAAAGCCCCCUCCGCUACCGGGGAGCUAAACGGGGAGCCGAAAGGGGCUGAAACGGAAACGGCCCUUUGUGCCUCCUCCUCUUGGACAAAGGGGGCACUGGAGGAGGUAUUGAGCCGCCACGAGGAGAACGGUGACAGUCAGCCCCUGUCUCACCCCCCUACCGCCAAGACCGUUACCAAGACGACCAGCGCUACCAGCUUCCCAGACCUCACAGCCUCUUUCGAGAGCGCCGUAGAGUCUCCCCUCAGAGAGAAGGAGGUGUUGGAGGAGGUGGAGGAAGCGGAGGAGGUGCAAGAGGAGGACCUGGACAUGGCUCCCCUGUCCGCUGACAGCCUCAGUCACAGCGAGGCGACGACCAGCCACGAGGACCUGUGUCCGAGUGCCGGCAGCACCUCUGAGGCCGAGGGGAGGGUGAGGGCCUGGGUUGGCGCCGGACUGGGGGCCGCGGUCAGCGCCGAGUCCCUGGAGUGUCUUGACCGGGGCGACCCGAGCUGCUCGGAGACGGCCGACGACCCCCUGGUCCACCGGCGGAGGAGGAGCAGCGUCUUCUCCAAAUGGCCGUCUCAGGAGAGCCCAUGUCUGGCCACGCGCUUCUUCAAGUCCAGCCGCUCCUCCGCCGUCCCCUCCCCCAACCGCUCCUCCGCAGGUUCCAGCCCCGUGGUCAAACCCUACCCUCCCAUCUUCCCUACCUACAUCAAGACCACCACCCGACAGCUGUCUGGCUCUGCCUCCCCAUGCCCCUCGCCCUCCCAGAGUCCCCUGUUCCGUAGGCGAUGCCACAACCUGGGCCACCGCACGGAGAAGCGCCGGGCCAGGCGGGAGCGCUCCCACAGCAUCGCCGGGCUCCUCAGCCGGUCUGCGGACUGGACCGAGGAGCUGGCGAGGGGGCGGCCUGCCAAGGCUGGGUCUGCAGACUUUUUGGAGGGUUACGGCGGGUCAGAGGACAGGCUGAGGGGUGGCAGUCAAUCCCUGUUCGCCACGCGGAGGUCCUCCUGUGGUCAGGUGUCCACCUGCAGCUUCCAUGAUGUCUUCACUGGGCGCACCCUGUUGGAGAAGCUGUUCCUGCAGCAGGAGGAUGCCCAGCCAGAGGAGGCUGAGAAGCUGUGUUCCAGGAUCCUGGCGAUGGGUCUCCUCCUCCCCUUCACAGACUGUUUCCGAGAGACCUACGGAGGAUCCAACCCACAACUUGCUGCACCAUGCAAGUUCCACCAAGACCAGCUGUACACCUGGGCAGCCGUCAGCCAGCCCCCCCACGCAAUGGAGCAUUUUGAGGGCCGGGCCCCGCUCCCUGGGCAUCUGAAGACCCUGUGGCCCCCACCCAGACCUGGUGGCGAUGAUCGACCAGGCCUGAGGUACACCGAGGCAGAGGAGGAGGAAGAACACCAAGCAGCCAUAUUGGGCCUGAAACGGUUACAGAGAGAAGCGGUCAACGAACUUCAGGAGGAGUCGGUGUUGAAGACCGUGAAACUGAAGGAGGAACACGUCACGGUGAUCCAGCAGUUGGAGCAGACCAUUGAGGACCUGAGGACCAAGAUAGCCGAGCUGGAGAAACAGUACCCCCUGCUGGACCGAGAUGUUGGCCCUAAGGAGCAGGAGUGCGGCGAUGAGGGCGGCCUGCACAGGGACGUCUGUGACGUGGACCUACAGACGGAGGAGAACGUGAAGGAGGUCUGUGACGUGGUCCUACAGACGGAGGAGAACGUGAAGGAGGUCUGUGACGUGGUCCUACAGACGGAGGAGAACGUGAAGGAGGUCUGUGACGUGGACCUACAGACGGAGGACAGGAUGGUCCUGAGCUGUCUGGAGGCCAAGUCGGUCCAGACAUCACCCAUGGAGGAAAUAUUUAAGUUUAAAGUGCCUUUAGCCGACCAGAUGUCUCCAUGUCCCGCGAACCAGGACGGAGGGGAGUCCUGGACGUCGUCCACCCCUACUGCUCCUAGCCUGCCCUCUGAACUGGCCCUGUCGUUACCCGUCCCCUUCUCCAAGGCAGGCUCUGUGUUUGUCUGUACCUGCCAGCAACAGACAGGCGCACCACCUCCCCCACCUCCUCUACUGGGUCAUUCCAUGCCGCCUCCGCCACCACCUCUGCCAGGAGGUGCCAUGCCACACCCUCCUCCGCCUCCCCCCUUACCCGGCGUGAUGGGAUUAUGCCCUCCUCCGCCACCACCUCCUCUACCAGGUAGCUGCGGCCCCCCACCACCUCCUCCCUUACCUGGCGUUGCGGGUUUAUGCCCUCCUCCGCCACCACCUCCUCUACCAGGUAGCUGCGGCCCCCCACCACCACCUCCCUUACCUGGGAUGGCAGGUCCUCCUCCACCUCCUGGCUGUGGGGCUCCACCACCACUGCCACCUCCUCCUCCAGGGGCUUUUGGUCCUCCUCCACCCUGUGGGCUGGGAUCCCUGGUUCCUCCUCUGCCCAUGGGGUUGUACUCUCUAGGCAUGGCCCAGGAGAAGCCUCCACGGAAGGGAGUCGUGGAGCCACCCAGACCCAUGAAACCGCUCUACUGGACCAGAAUACAACUCAACACUAAAAAGGAGGUGAACACACCUCUUGUCUGGGAAAAGAUCGAGGAGCCGGACGUGGACUUUGGGGAGUUUGUUGAGCUGUUCUCCAAGACCGCUGUAAAGGAGAAGAAGAAGCCGCUGUCCGAUACGAUCACCAAGUCUAAAGCCAAACAGGUGGUCAAACUGCUGAACAACAAGCGCUCUCAGGCUGUGGGGAUUCUGAUGUCCAGUCUGCAUCUGGACAUGAAGGAUAUCCAACAUGCCAUCCUGAACCUGGACAACACUGUGGUUGACCCGGAGACUCUACAAGCCCUCUAUGAAAACAGAGCACAACAUGAUGAGAUGGAGAAGAUUGAUAAGCACAUCAAGUCGUCAAAAGACAAGGACAACGCAAAACCACUGGACAAACCUGAACAGUUCCUUUUCCAGCUACACCAGAUCCCCAACUUCUCAGGCCGUGUGUUCUGCAUUUUGUUUCAGUCCACUUUCUCUGAAUGUGUCACCUCAAUACAGCGCAAGUUGGAGAUUCUGCAGAGAGUGAGCACGACCCUGCAGAGCGGACCGUGUGUAAUGCAGGUUCUGGGUCUUGUUCUGGCAUUCGGUAACUUCAUGAACGGAGGGAACAGGACCAGAGGGCAGGCUGAUGGUUUUAACCUGGAUAUUCUGCCCAAGCUGAAGGAUGUCAAGAGCAGUGACAACACCCGGAGUCUCCUGUCCUACAUUGUUGCUUACUAUCUGAGACACUUUGACGAGGACGCCGGCAGGGAGACGUGCCUCUACCCUCUCCCCGAGCCCCAGGACCUUUUCCAGGCCUCCCAGAUGAAGUUUGAAGACUUCCAGAAGGAUCUGACCCGACUCAGGAAGGACCUCCGAGCGUGCAACACAGAGGUGGAGAAGGUGUGUAAAGUGUCUUCUGAAGAUCACCUGCAGCCCUUCAAAGACCGGAUGGAGGAGUUCCUCGGCCAAGCUAAAUCUGACCUGGAAGCUCAGGAAAGCCAGCUCGGUGCCACGCACAAGAUAUUCCUGGAGUUGACGGUCUUCUACCAGGUGAAAGCAAAAAUGGGAGAGAAGGAAGUAUCUCCUUGCACAUUCUUCUCUGUUUGGCACGAGUUCUCCUCUGACUUUAAAGACCUCUGGAAGAAGGAGAACAAGAUCAUCCUUCAGGAACGACUAAAGAAGGCAGAGGAGUGUUUCCGACAAGCCAAGGAAAAAGCUACCUACAGUGUGAAACCCAAGCAUGCAUCGGGGAUUAAAGCCAAGCUGGGCAUGAAGAUAUGAGACUGUUGUUUUCCUGAAUUCCUCGCCAGGAGAGAGAGAGAGAACGUGAUGUAAUGGUUGGUGAACAACAAAGCCAAGUUGGAGAGCAUGUGUUGCUGCAGACAAAGCACUAAGGCUUAAAAACUAAAACAAUAUGCCUCAUAAUAGGCAAACUUUUUGAAAUAGGGCACUACUUUUGACCUGGAUCUGUAGGGCUCUGGUUGAAAGUAGGCCACUAUUUCAGAGACAGGGUUCCAUUUGGGGCGUUGAAGACAUUUCACAUUUUACCCCAAACAAGAGUCAGCCUCCUGUUGGCUAGCCUGCUCUGUGAAUCUGCUUGCUCAACAGUCUUCUACCAUAUAUCACCCCCCCCCGCCUCAAUAUCCCAUCACGAAGAGGAGAGAAAUGUCAAUGGGUCAAAGGUUAUGUGAUGUCAUCACCUCACUGGAACUUCUACCAGUGAUUGGUCAAAGGAGUUGUCUAUGAUCAGCCUAGAAAUAGAGCAUUAAGAAUGGUCUUUCCCAUGUCCAAACAUGUUUAUAUGGCGAGGAAUACCCUGUCUAUGCUCCAAGGAGAAAACCGAGCUGUCCUUUGUCUUCAUUGCAUGUGCAGUUUCAAGGCCUGCGAUCAUGACACACCUCACCUCUUGCAGUAUUCCAGCGCAUUACAACACGUGUUUUACAAAGCAAUAUCACUUGAGGCACAUGGGAGACGUGAGAAGACCGCGUGAUUGGUGUCGGCUCUGCGACAGGCGUGGUUUGUGAACAGCCGGGGACAACACGGCCCGCCCUAUUCCCAUGUCAGUCGCGUUGAACUAUGAAGGGAACGGUAUGCCGUUUGGGGCGCUGUGCCUGUGAGGACGGCCGGCUACAGUACCAUCAACAUGUUGUCAACGGGGAAUAGUGUUGUUGUUGUUGUUCAGUCACUCAGAUGUUCGUCAUAAUACAUGCCUUUAAUCCCAAACUAAAACCACAGUUUUCCCAACAAGCGUUUUAAAUUGAAAUGUGGUGACAAGUUUUUUGGGGGCUGGGUAACGAACGGGGAGAUCGUUUUGUUUAGUCCAAGUCUAUACUGUAUCGGCUUGGAUUUUCUUUAAUCAACAGAAUAACCCCUGUAUUUAGAUAUCCCAUGUGAAGCUGAAGCAGAUUGCUGCGGAGAAGAGCUUGCUGUGUCCGUGCUGGUCGGUAAAGAGAGAGCACUAAGCUCUGUGGCUCUGUGGUGACUUCUGUUCCGGGGGGAUGGGGAUCUGGAAGGCGUUCCUAGCUACCUGACGCAACCAGCACUUCAAAUACCUAGAGAUUUUUGGAUAGGCCAAUA